AUGACCACGCCCUACGGGUCGGGCGAGUAUGCCAUCGCAUUUGUAACAAGCUAUGAUGGCGCACAGGCUGAGACGACGAGUAUUCCUGCGUCCUUGUGCACCGCCUACGAACAGAUCGACCUUAACGGCUUUGAUUGCCAGAGUCUCCCUGCAUGUGGCGGUUCGAGCCUAGGCGGACUCACGUGCGAAGCGAAACCGUGCACCACGUGUAUCGACGAGGACGGGGACGGAGAGUACGAAACCCUCACCGAGGGCACUCAAUACUUCUUCACCGACUUCGCCCGACUCACCGUGAACGGCCAGAUCACAUCCACGCCUGCGAGUCUGUGCGAGCUCCUAACCAUACCGACGCCGUGGAACCUCCAGCCCACACUCGCCUGUGGCUACGACAAUGGCGACGGGGCUAGUGAAAACAACAACGCCCAAGGCGCCCAAGUCAUAACCUACACGUACACGACGAACGGAGCGACCAUUGUCGUCGCCACCACCUUGCCCUCGCACGGAGGCCCGUUCCAUCUCACGGGCAGUGGCGGGGGAGGGAGAGUGGGCGGGGAACUAGGCAGGAACGUGCUCUUUUGGAUGUGGAUUGGCGGUGCGCUUAUCGCGGGUGUGGGCAUGAUUGUUCUUUGA